AUGUCUCAUUCCACACUUGGAUGUCAGAUCGCCCCACGAUAUCAUCACGAAUACGAUUCCAGCUCAUCUAGCGAGUCCGAGCUGGGAAUACAAGCUUCCGCCGCCGCCAGCUCUACUCCUCUGGAGCAGCAGACCACGGGUGUCAAGACUGAGACGGUGCAUGGCACCUCCGCCGCUCCCAAUAGGCUAACAACGCUGCAGCGUGGCCGCACAAAGAGUAGCCGCAGGAUCGUGCAAGAACAGGCGCCUGCCGGGUUCUUUCACUCGUCCAUGGCCGGUGUCAGGCUACACGUGAUCAGGCUCUGGCUUCGUACAAAUCUCAUUCUCGCCAUUGCCAUCAUGGCCUUUCUUUGCCUUUUCUGGGGUGCACUGUUUCGUCAAAAUGCAAACGUGGGGGGUCUGAACAUCUCCGUUGUAGACUUCGAUGGCCAGCCACCGUUUACCGGGGUCGCACCCUUCGUGGGUCCGUUUGUCACUCGCACUGUUCGCAGCAUUAUGGAGGAAGAUGGCGUGGUGCCUGGCUACACCUUUGCGUCUCCCGAAGACUUCAACAACGACUCGCUGAACGUACGCAACAAAGUUUACGACUUCCAUGCCUGGGCGGCCGUCAUCAUCAAUUCCAACGCCACAGCAAUGCUCGAUGCCGCAGUGAAACUGGGGAACGCGAGCUACGAUCCCUUGGGUGCCUGCCAGAUCAUCUAUAAUUCGGCGCGCGAUCAAAUUACCACCUCGACUUACAUUGUACCCAGUAUUAACACCCUCCAGAAGCGCGUAGUCACCGAAUUUGGCCGCGCGUGGAUCGCACAUCUUCUCCAGAACAACGUUUCAGUUACGGACAUGCGCCUAGACAUCGCACCUCAAGCUCUCUCUCCCGGCAUUGAGUUCACCGUCAACGACUUGCGCCCCUUUGGACCGCCUAUCGCUACACCCGCGGUUAGCAUUGGCCUUAUAUACCUGAUCAUCAUCUCCUUCUUUAGCUUUACGUUCUUCCUACCUAUCCAUCUGAAGUACCUCUCGCCCAAAGGUCAUCCACCGCUGCACUUCUAUCAGCUUAUCGUGUGGCGCUACAUCGCGACGGUCGCAUCUUACUUCUUUCUCUCUCUCGUCUACUCCUUUGUCAGCCUCGCCUACCUUAUGCCCAUGGACCGUCCUACUGCCUCCCACAAUCAGCCUGCCGGUAACCCUAACGCGUAUGGCAGAGGUACCUUCUUGGUAUACUGGAUGGGCAAUUGGAUUGGAAUGAUUGCUUUUGGCCUUGCGAGCGAGAAUAUGGCCAUGCUGCUGGGCUCCCCUUGGACGGCGUUGUGGCUCAUUUUCUGGGUCAUCAGCAAUGUCGCCACUGGGUUUUAUGCCCUCGAGCUUGCACCGAGCUUUUAUCGCUGGGGCUAUGGUUGGCCGAUGCACAAUAUCGUCGAGCUCACACGGUCAAUCCUGUUCGAUCUGCAUCCACGAGUUGGCUUGAACUUUGGAAUCUUAUUUGCCUGGGCUGUGGUAGACUCAAUCUUCUUCCCGCUUUGCUGUUAUUAUAUGAAGUGGAACACUGCGCGGGUUCGCAAAAAUGCAGCCAAGGCCGAGGCGGAUUGGCAUGCCAAGAUGGACAAAGAGAGAGAAGACCCCGGCCUAUUAGCAAGGGUCACUACGCUCAAGGAUAAAUAG